GCGCGCCUGCCGAGCGCCGCGCAGUCGAUGGCGGCGGCGGCGGCUCCAGCGGCGGCGUGAGGGGAGCGCGGCGGAGGCCCCGAGCCCGGGCCCGAGAGGCGGCAGCGAGUCCCCGGGAGCGCGGCCGGGUCCAGGGUCCGGGCCGGGCCUGAGGAGCGGGGCCGCGCGGCGCGGGGGGCUUCUCUGCUCCAGAGCGAACCCUCACCCCGGGCCACGAUGCCUCGUCCCCGUCGUGGGAUCCCCGAGGAAGAAUCAAGCUGACUCUUGGCAUGAGGCCCCUGCCUCAGGGUUAGACUGACUCUCCGCCAUGGCUUCUCUGGAUGACCCCGGGGACGUGAGGGAGGGCUUCCUUUGCCCUUUGUGCCUGAAGGACCUGCAGUCCUUCUAUCAGCUCCAGUCACACUAUGAGGAAGAGCACUCGGGGGAAGAUCGUGACGUCAAAGGGCAAAUUAAAAGUCUUGUCCAGAAGGCUAAGAAAGCAAAGAACAGAUUAUUGAAACGAGAAGGAGAUGACCGAACAGAAUCAGGGACCCACGGAUAUGAGUCUUUCAGCUACGGAGGGGUUGACCCUUACAUGUGGGAACCUCAAGAACUUGGUGCUGUGCGGAGCCAUCUCUCUGACUUCAAAAAACACCGAGCUGCCAGAAUCGAUCACUAUGUUGUUGAAGUCAAUAAAUUAAUAAUCAGGUUAGAGAAGCUCACUGCGUUUGACAGAACCAACACGGAGUCUGCGAAGAUCCGAGCAAUAGAGAAAUCUGUGGUGCCUUGGGUCAAUGACCAGGAUGUCCCCUUUUGUCCUGACUGCGGAAAUAAGUUCAGCAUUCGAAACCGCCGCCACCACUGCCGCCUGUGCGGGUCCAUCAUGUGUAAGAAGUGCACAGAGCUCAUCAGCCUUCCAUUGGCAAACAAGCUCACCAGUGCCAGCAAGGAUUCCCUGAGUGCCCACACCAGCCCCAGCCAGUCCCCUAACAGCGUCCACGGCUCUCGCCGGGGCAGCAUCAGCAGCGUGAGCAGCGUGAGCUCCGUCCUGGAUGAGAAGGACGAUGACCGGAUCCGCUGCUGUACGCACUGCAAGGACACACUGCUGAAGCGCGAGCAGCAGAUCGAUGAGAAGGAGCACACGCCCGACAUCGUGAAGCUCUACGAGAAAUUGCGACUUUGCAUGGAGAAAGUUGACGUAAAGGCUCCUGAAUACAUCAGGAUGGCAGCGUCGUUAAAUGCUGGGGAAACGACCUACAGUCUGGAACAUGCCAAUGACCUCCGGGUGGAAGUGCAGAAGGUGUAUGAGCUCAUCGACGCUCUGAGUAAGAAGAUCUUGACCCUGGGCUUGAAACAGGACCCCCCGCCGCACCCCAGCUCGCUGCGACUGCAGAGGAUGAUCAGAUACUCGGCCACGCUCUUCGUGCAGGAAAAGCUGCUGGGCUUGAUGUCGCUGCCGACCAAGGAGCAGUUUGAGGAACUGAAGAAGAAAAGGCAGGAGGAGAUGGAGCGGAAGCGGAUCCUGGAGAGUCAGGCUGCCCUGGAGUCGCAGCGGAGGCUGGAGGAGAAGUGGGGUGACCUGACCACGGGCGCGGCCAACGGGGACGUGUCCUCGCUCCGCAGGGGCCCCGCGCCCCUGAGAAAGGCCGAGGGCUGGCUCGCCCUGUCCGGGGGCCCGGCGGAGACGGAGGACUCGGACCCCCUCCUGCAGCAGAUCCACAACAUCACGUCCUUCAUCGGGCAGGCCAGGGCCGCAGGCCGCGCCGACGAGGUGCGCACGCUGCAGGAGAACCUGCGCCAGCUGCAGGACGAGUACGACCAGCAGCAGACGGCGCGCGCCAUCGAGCUGUCCCGGAAGCAGGCCGAGGAGGAGGCCCUGCAGCGCGAGCAGCUGCAGGUGCUGCGGGAGCGCGAGUGGGAACGCGAGCGGGAGCAGCUGCAGGCGGCCUCGCUGCACACUCGGACCCGCUCCCUGGACUUCCGGGAAGUCGGCCCUUUCCAGCGCGAGCCGCGCCCCCACCCGGCCUACGCGUUGGACCUCGACUCCUCUCCCGUCCGCGGCAGCGCGGCGCCCCAGACCCCUUCGCCCGGCUCAGCGCACGAGCCCCUCCGGGGGUGGGCCGGGCCCCCAGCCUUCCGCCUGGAAUCCUUCCCGCAGAGCGCCGCGCCCCCGCAGCACGAGGCCCCCUCCCUGAACCCCUUCGAAGAAGACCCCUCCAGCCCCACGGCAGAGGGCACCGUCAGCCCCCCUGCCGCAGAGUCUCCCCGGGCGCCGUCCGCCCGCAAGCCCAAAGAGUACAAUCCUUUCGAGGAGGAGGAGGAGGAGGAGUCCACGGCAGGGAAUCCGUUCACUGGCGCGCGCAGCCCGGCCCCAAACCCCUUUGAUGAGGAGGAGGAGGAGGACAAGCCGCGGCCCGCAAGCCCCGCUGCCCCGGGCAACCCCUUCGAGGAGGAGGCGGCCGGCACCAACCCCUUCGAGCUGGACAGCGACAGUGGGCCGGAGGCCGAGGCACCCAUCGACGAGGAGCUGCUCCUGCAGCAGAUCGACAACAUCAAGGCGUACAUCUUCGACGCCAAGCAGUGCGGCCGCCUGGACGAGGUGGACGUGCUGACGGAGAACCUGAAGGAGCUGAAGCACACCCUGGCCAGACAGAAGGCGGGCACGGACUGAGGGGGCGGGGCCCUGCGCCCAGGGCACCUGCCGGGAGCGGCCCCCUCGGGGAGAGGGAUGGUGGAUGGGUGGGGAUGGAGAAAGAGCGAGAAUCAAGGUGCAGCCUGGGGAGGGGAGAGACUGCUGUGUGCUUACACGGUGCCGUCCUGCGCUCUAGGCGAGCAGACAGGCGUUUCGUUUCCAUCCCUCCCCGUGUUGAGAUUGCACUGAGAGUCAGUACCGUCUGGCGGGCAGGCGUGCUGCGAAAGACCCUCGCUUCCGACCACUUGGUGAUUCUUGUUUUAGUGUCUCAGUUCGGUAAACUGAACAGACUUGGCCGCCCCGCGCUUUAUAAUCAUCAUCAGUCUCCCCGGCGGAGGCCAGUUCCCGGUGGGCCAGCGUGUCCUUCUCACACUCAGCCAGUGCCUUUUCGUUUGUGGUGGCGUGAGGGACAUGUGGCUGCAUGACUGUCUCCGUGUGACGUUAGCAGCAGGCUUCUGACCUACCCAUCUGUCUCCCGCAGAGCGUGAUGGUCUGUCGGUGGCGGAUUGAGGUGCAGUAGGGCGUGGGGACGGAGAAACACAUCUCUGAGGGACUCGGUCCCGCUCCGAGAGGGUCUCGCUCACCUCUCGGCUUCAGGCUCCGUGACUCCAGCCUUCAGUUGUUUCCGUUUUUCAUCUUCGACUCAGAGGUCGUUUUGCGUCUCCAGCUAUUUGGCUGCCACCUGAUGCUCACAUUCUUUCUCCCACUUCGUCAUCGUUUCUGUCACCAUGUCCUGCAACCCGGCCUCCAAUGUCUCUUUAUCGGAAACAGUCUCUGAAGUCUUUGAUUCUGUGUUUCACGUGCCCGUUGCAGGUUGCAUUUAUCCUCUUCCUGUAUGGUAGUUGUUUUCUCUAGAACUUCAGUUUCAACUUCAUUACGUGCGGCAGAGCGUUCCCUGCUACACCGAACAGAUACUGGGACUCAGAACAGGAAUAAUCAGCAUUCCACCCCUUUUCCCCUAGUUUUUUGUUUUUUCUCUCAGUUGAGUUUUCCCUUCAGAAGGGACUUGGCAUUUUCUCUUAAGACAGGACUAAAGGCAGUUUGUAUUGGGUGCAGGCAGAAGCCACCCUGCGCCUCCGGGUGCCUUUGCUCUGCCUCGCCUUGGGUCAGUGCAGUGCCCCCCCACCUCCAGCCGCCACAGGCCCGAGGGGUCCUUGCGGCGAGCCUGGCUGCCUUCCCACCUGCUUCUGCAGCAGCGAGAGCAGGAAGGGGACGGCCAGGUUUCAGGCAGGUGCCGGACCUGUUUCCCUCGCAGGGUGUCUCCUUCGGGACGUUAAACUUCCAGGGCAGCUGUGAGCCAGGAGCAGUGUAGGCAGAAGAGGUGAACAGGGGUAGGCAGCUGGGGUGGCACCGGCGAUGGGGUCUCUGCCCAGCACGCCUCGUCCCUGGUGGCUGCUUGAGUCUUGUCUCCCAGAAGCCCUCCUCCGGAGUGGCAUCGCCCCUUUUCCGGCCCUGUGCCCUUCUGGCCUGGUUUCCUUCCUGUGACCACCCUGUCCUACUGGUCAACCCUGAGUCUUGUGCUGGGCCCCAUUUCACCUGUGGCCCCUUUGGAGCAUCCCAGGGAUCCAGCCAGGCCCCUGUUGCUCCAGGGCUCUGGCGACGCUGACCGGGCCUUGCUCCGAGUCCCCGUCCGUGCAUCAGGAAUCGAGGGGCAGGAGGCUUCUGUGGGACAUGGCAGGAGAGUGGAGGCUUGCUUCUCAGAAGACAAAUGUUUCAUGUCAGAGAGCGCAGGUGGUGAGGCGCUUGCUUGCCUUGCGUGCUGCCGACCCAGGUUCAGUCCCCGCCACCCCACAUGGUCUCUGGUGCCCAGAGACAGGAAUAACCUCUGAGAACUGCUGGAUGUGGCCCAGCCUUGGCCCCCAACCCUGAAAGGAACAAAAUGACUCAAGGCUAAGUGAUCAGCCUUCUUCCCCUUGGUGCUUCGUGUCCUGACUAGGGCGCUGGCAAGCUACCACUUAGUAUUAAGAAACAGAUGUUUGAAGAGGCACAACACAGGGUCAUUCUGCAAGCACCAGGCACUUGACCUCUUCACUCAUGAAGGACAAAAAGGGAAAUUGUUAGUUUAGUUCCGGAGCUUUCAUUCACGGGAACAUUACCCUUAAUUCACUGUUUCUCAGCCUUUCCGACCGCGUCCUUUCUGUGGCCCCCGCCCUACUGGCUGGCCCCCUAGUCUUGUGCCCCGGCCCCCACUUGUGUGAUUAUCACCUUUGUCCUCCCUUGCAAUGUUCUGGGGGCCCCCGUGGCCCUUGAUUGAGAAACGCUGCCGUAGGGUAUCCAUGUGAGCUCCGGGUAGUUCCUGUCAGUAACCUUGUUAAUGAAUGAACAAUGUCUGACCACUAGUCACUUUAAACCCCUUAACUAACUCGGGUCACACUCUUGCUGGUUUCUCGUGUGUGAGCUGAAAUUCAUUUUGUUACAUUCUGGAGAGCCUUGAUUCCCGUCUGAGAAACAUUGUAGUAUGUAAAUAAUCUGUAUGUGUUGACACUAUUCAUACUUGUUUACUACCGUCUGAACCUUAGGGUGGAAUAAAAAGUCCUGCAUCGGGGCAUGGGGGGGGGGGGGGGGAUUCUGUGGAGGACGCUUUCCGUUUGCUUUCUGUUCGCCAAGAGCUGUGGGUGGGUUACUAGUGCCAGCUAAGAUCUUAGUGAUGUCAGGAGUGUUUGGGGACAUGUGUUUGGGUUAGGCCUUUCCUUCCUCGAGGCCCAUGGCCUUGGUUAUUUUGGAAGGUUUUGCUAAUGGCCAGUGCCCCCUCCUUUCUCAGUCUGCCACCUCUGAGGAAACACUCUUCACUAAAGAGCCGAUAGUUUCAGAAGCUAAAGGCGAUUCUGCAGCAGAAACACCCUUUUCCCAGAAUUUCUCAGCUGGUGAUUUCAGUCAAGGCUAGUUUACUAAAUAUGUCCUUUCCCUAAAAUCAGCCCGAAGUAGCAAUUUGUAAAAGUAUUGAGAACCACGUAGAAGAAGCAUUUUAAGAUAACUAAAACACGUCACUAGGUAUAUUAAACCAAACUCAAAUCCUCCGAUGUGAUGGAUCCCUUCAUUCAGAUCUUCCAUGGCAAUAUUCUCUAACUGUAGUGAUGACAGGAAUUAGACUUCGAUUCCUCAUCCGUCCCAUUUUUUUUCAGGAUUCACAAGGCACAAAGAUUUACAAAGUGGGUUAAUGUUUGGCCUUUGAACAGAUGGCGUCUGAAUUGCUACAAUUUUGAGCCUUCGCUCAGGUGAAAUUUUGCCCUUCCUGCAGGUCUUCAGUGUGCCGCUGCCUGUGUCAGGAGCUGGGCACAUUCUCUCGAAAGCGUUGGCAGCUGCUAGAGCUGUCUCACAUGUGCGAGAGACUCGAGGAUUCAGGCCUCAAAUGAAGUUAGCCUUCCCUUUCCUGCCUCGUGUCUUUUCUGGUCUGAAUACACUAAGGACACUUCGUGCGUACAGUUCCUGUGUCUGUUGUUGAUACUAAAACGUACCUCUGAGUUAAUCAUGAGCUCUGUGGUAGGUUGGACAUGAGCAUACUUAGGUAACGGGACUCCAGUGAGAAGCCGUUCUCUACCAGGCCAGUCUAGCCGAUGGUGCGGGUCAUCUUCCAGCGGUGGUCCGUUUUAGGGUCAUUGAUUUGCAUGCACUACUCUGGGACCUCAUAUUGGAACCUUUAAAAGAAAAUAAAAUUACUGAUGCUAGUG